ACAGAACCUUACCAGCAGUCAUGUACGAUCAAAUCAUUUUAUUUGGAGAUUCAAUUACUCAAUAUGCUUGGAGAUCCUAUGGUUAUGGUCAGAGCCUGGCGGAUGCAUACCAGAGGAAGUUGGACGUAAUGGGAAGGGGCUUCUCCGGGUACAAUUCCACCCAAGGCCUCGCCGUGCUCCCUCGCGUUAUUCCGCCUCCCUCAGCAGACCACACGCAACCGAAAGUACGCCUGGUGACUGUCUUCUUUGGUGCAAACGAUGCUUGUCUGCCUGGCACGGACCAGCAUGUGGAUUUACAGACUUACACCUCGAACCUGGAACAAAUCAUUCGUUCACCACUCGCUAAGCAGCACAAUCCCGCCAUAAAGUUUAUAAUCAUCGGUCCGCCACCGCUCGAUCAGCAUCAGCAGGCUCCGCUUGAUAUGCAGAAGAAGGGACACGUCCGCCGCACCGCCGAGCACACCAAACUCUACGCGGACGCCGCUGGUGAACUGGCCGCUAAACUCGAUGUACCCUACGUGAAUACAUGGGAAGAAAUCCAAACCCUGGCUGGCUGGAAAGAGAAGGAUGAGCAUGUGCCCGGUAGCCUUGAUGCACCCAAGAACGAAACCUUAGCCAAGAUGCUCUAUGAUGGCUUGCAUUUGAGCGGCGACGGAUACCAGGUUCUUUUCAAGGCUUUGUUGGCAAGUAUCAAACAGCAUUAUCCUGAGCUUGAUCCCGACAACUUGAGUGCUAUUGCGCCGUUUUGGGACGAUGCUGAAUUUGAGGCCAAGACUUGUAAGUUGGUUGGUAACUAGAUACACU